AGUGACUCAUUCACUCCAAUUGAGUGCUGUUGUUCCUUGGAUCGGAGUACUACCUAUUCUAUCGGAUAUUAUCGUAUUUAAACAAGGCUCUCGGGUUACAAUAUUACCUACAGGUAUGCGUUGGAUCAAAACAAGUACAGACAAGCAAGCGAGCAAAUUAGUUAAAAUUCCUGGCUGAUAUUCAGGUAAGACCUUAAUUCUAAUACUAAUCAAAUCCUUCAUACCUUCGACCAAAAUGGCUAGACCCUAUCCCGUCCCGAACGCUACUAUCCCGUACUGGCGGACGGAGCUACACGAGCUCGACUCUCAUCGUAGCACGCCGGAGCUCCCGCAGAAGCAGGACAUCGUUAUCAUCGGGGCCGGGUUUGCGGGUGCGGCUCUGGCGAAGUACCUACUUGAGGAUGAUUCUCCCUCGUCCUCGGUGAAACCGAGUAUCACGAUCUUGGAGGCUAGGGAGGCCUGCUCUGGGGCUACGGGAAGGAAUGGCGGCCAUCUCCGGCCCGACCUCUUCGUCAGCCUAGCAGCGCGGAUGCAAGAGGCCGGCCUCAAGGCCGCGAACUCCGUCGCCCUCUUCGAGGUCGCGAACGAGAAAGCGGUAGCCGCCCUCGUCGCCGAGGAAAACAUAGCGUGCGACCUGCAGCAGGUGACCACGGCGGACACGUUCGUGGACCAGGCCGAAGCGGCCAAGAUCAAGAAGCUGUGGGACGUCAUGGUGCGUCUGGACUGCCCUACCUUAAAGGAGGUCAUGUACCACGGCCCCGAGGACGCGGAGCGGGUUACCGGGGUCAAGGAUGCGAAGGUCGCGUUUACGUACCCGGCGCACACGGUCUGGCCGUAUAAGCUGGUCAUGCAUAUCCUCGCUGGUGCGGUGAGGGCAGGUGUUAAUCUGCAGACGCAUACGCCCGUCUACGAGGUUUCCGGCGCGCCGGAUGGCGAGGGGUACUGGGCGCUGUCGACGUCGAGGGGUGUUGUCAGGGCGAAGAAAGUUGUGCUUGCGACGAAUGCGUAUACGAGUGGUUUGCUGCCCGAGUACGACGACGCUAUUUAUCCCGCCCGCGGCACCGUAUGUAGGGUCGUGCCGAAGACGCAGGCAGAGGUGAAGCUCGGGUCUUGCGCCGUCGAGAUCCAGAGCCCGGCUUCGGUGGACUGUUAUUAUGGUACGAGGCCGGACGGAAGCUUGGUUAUUGGCGGCGCGAAGACCACGUUUAAUGACCGGAGAAAUCUUUGGUAUAGGAAUUACGACGACUCGACGCUGAUCGAGCCCGCGGUGCCGUAUUUUCCUGCCUGGCCAGGCAAAGCAUUGGCCGGAUGGGAGGGAAAGGAGGUGCAGAUGGAUAGGGUGUGGACGGGAAUUAUGGGCUACUCAGCAGACGAGGCGCCGCACGUCGGCCCCGUGUCCUCGAAGCCGGGGCUGUAUAUCUGUGCCGGAUUUAACGGACACGGGAUGCCGAACGUACUCCUGUGCGCAAAGGGGUUGGCCAAGAUGAUUAAGGAGGGCUGUCCUUUUUCGCAGACGGGAGUCCCGGCUUGCUACGAGACGGGCGCGGAGAGGCUCAGGAAGAUAUCCAAGCGCAAUGCGGCUCCUGCGAUCAACCGCGCUAGGGCGGACAUCUUUCUGAAGCACAGUUACGGGUCUUAGGUGGGCUUAGGAGCCUUGCUGGCCGCAAGGGGUUGAAGGGGCUGACGGGGCUGCUGAAUUGGUAAAGGGGGCUGUGGUGAUAUUUAUAAAGUUAUGAGUUGUGAUGACUUGUGAAGAGUAUAAUACAUAGGGGAUCCAUAUUCACUUCGCAACUCAGCGAAGCUUCUCAGGAGUAUGCACCUCAUACGAUCGUAAACCGAAUCUGAUGCUGCUCGGACGAAGUUCAGGGUGAUGUGAGAUUAGAGGCGGCGAGGAUGACAAUCUUUCAAUUUGAGGGAACCGCGGGCCUGGCACGAAAUAGAACUGCCCUGAACUGCCCGGAGUUCGGAGCGAACCUAAAACGUAACCUAAAAAUAAUCUGGCAGGGCUUCUUAGCUACAUAGGCUUGGCUAUUACCAUUGGCCGCCGAAGC